CACGACCAGGUCGUGGAUUGGCUGAAGGCGAGAGGCCUCACCAACCCGACCGCAACGUAUGUGCUCUUCGACGAAGCUACCAAGUACGAGGGCUGGGACCACAUCGAUGUCACCGUCGAAGCCAAGGGGGGAGGGGGCACACUGGUCCCAGCACAGAUUCCACGCACGGGCCAGAAGGCCCCACAGAAGGCGGGCCUUCCCAAGGGGGUGAAGGACGAUGUUGAGAUCCCCAUCUCCACGGACAAGCCUGUCGCGGUGCGGAUCACUGUUGCUCGUGAUUAUGUGCCUGACUGGUUAUAUCCGGAGGCAGAAGAGAAUCCAAUUGCGCUGUCCGCACUCAUCAUGAGUGCGAGUCUUAUCAAGUAUAUUAUCAAAACGAAGGGAGCCAUGGCCUAUGAGACGGGGGCCACGGCGAUUUUGAUUGUGCAGGCGUCCCACAUCGAGGACAUCAUGAAGUACCCAUUUCCAGACGGAGUUUUCCUCAACAGACAGGGGACGUCACUGGUCCCCUCAUGGCACAGGCUCAGGGGCGACGAGCAGGCCACGGACUACUUCAA